CAUUCAAACAGCGUAAUGGAUUCUCAGGAAGUGCAAGCUGAGGAUGUUCAAAUGCAGGGCAGUGACUCUGUUCCGGCACCGUUGAUACUGGAGAAGGAAGAGCGUGAGUCAAUUAAAUCCACCAACUCUAGUGGUGAUGAGCCUCCGACUGCUUCUUUAGACACCAUCCAAACUCAGCUACAACCACCACCGCCUGGUUCGUUCCCUGUGCUCUAUCCGGCUUACUUCUCACCGUUCUACUCAUUCCCCUUUCCGGUUUGGCCUGCUGCGUAUGUUACCGAGCCGGCAAAGGAAGAGGCUCACGAGAUUCUUAGGCCUACAGCUGUGCACUCAAAAGCCGCUCCGAUUAACGUUGAUCAGCUUCUUGGUAUGUCUAAGCUCAGCCUGAAGGAGUCUAGCCAAAAUGGUGUAUUGGAACAGUCUCUUUCAUUGAAACUAGUCGGAGGUUCGGCUUCAAGGCAAUCAGCCUUUCAUCCAAAUCCAGCCAGUGGUGGUGGUGUACCGGACAUGAACAGCGUGAUUCAUGCUGUCUAAAGAUCUACCUGAUGGGACGGUGGUCUCUCAGAUUUGUAGCCGUAGCCAAGUGAUUCAUUGUCAUUAACAUGACUUAUACAACAACAACGAUUUGCAGACAGGUCCCAAGGCUGGGCUCUCGGAUUAGUUAUUGGUUAUAUUAUACUAUUGUUUUAGUUAGGUUUGAUUGGAUUUGCUUAGUUCAGCUUUGUUUAUUAGGGUGGAAAAGAAAGAAAGAUAAAAUUUACCAGCCUUUGCCUUUGGCAUAACCCUUAAUUUCGUUCAAGGAUGUAUCAAACUGCUUAGCAUUCUAAGAUUUAUUACAAUAAGUAUACUAUGAAGAUAUCUUCUUGCGUC